AUGAAAAUUCCACGGGUCGUAGUCGGAAUGUCCGGAGGCGUCGACAGCUCAGUUUCAGCGUUUUUGCUGAAAAAACGAGGAUUCGAUGUGAUCGGAUUGCACAUGGUAAGGAGAAAGCGUAAAAGAAAUUAUAUAAAAUUUGCAGGUAAACUGGGACGCGCAAGAAGAGGGAACCUCUCAAUGUCCCCGUUCCAAAGACGAAUCCGACGCGAAGAGUGUGUGUGAUCGGCUGAAAAUCCCAUUUUACACUGUCAAUUUUGUCAAGCAAUACUGGAACGACGUCUUUCUGUUUGACGCGUUUUCGAUAAAAAGUUUUGAAACCAAAAAUUGCAGCCGAUUUCUGGAAAACUACAAAAUGGGGCGGACGACGGUGCCGGAUAUCGAUUGCAAUCGAUCGAUAAAAUUUGACAUUUUUCACAAAAUCGCGCAAGAGAAAUUCGGAGCCGAUUUCAUUGCGACCGGACACUAUGCGACGACGAGUUUCGGGGACUUUCAGCAGAAUCGAAACGAUUCCCAAGGCUCGUAAUGUCAUUUGAAAAAAAAACGGAAGGAAAACAAGGUUUUUUGCCAAAAUUCAAAAGUCAAUAUUCUCCGUUUCACUUCUACACUAAAUCUGCCAAUUUUUGCUGCAAGCAGUGCAAGCGCAAGGAUACUUUUAGCUUUGAAAAAGUGUCAGAAACAUGCAAUUUUGGACGAGAAUUUGAAUUUUCCGUCAAAAGUCUAAUAUAGUUGCACUUGCAGAAAUCCGAUUGUAUUCGUGCGCGGAUCCGCUCAAAGAUCAGACGUUUUUCCUGUGCACAGUGAGCCAGGAGCAGCUGAAAAGAGCCAUUUUCCCGCUGGGAUCUCUGCAGAAAACGGAAGUGAAGCGGAUCGCCGAAAAAGAGGGAUUCCACGCGGUCGCCACCAAACCGGAGGUAUCACUUUUUAUCAAAAUCUUAAGAAAAAACGUUUUUUUGUCUUCAGAGCAUGGGCAUUUGUUUUGUGGGCAAACGGAAAAGAUUCGCCGAGUUUCUCGACGAAUACAUCGAACCGAAGCCCGGAAAAAUCGUGCUGAGUAAUGGGAAAACGGUGGGAAAUCACAAAGGAGUUCAUCAUUUUACAAUCGGCAAACGGAUAAACGGACAAUAUUUGGAGGAAAGAAGCCAUCUCGGCUAUUUUGUGAGCCGAAUCGACGCGGAGAACGGGGACGUCGUCGCGUGCGAAGGAUCCCAUCAUCCGGAUCUGUACGCGACUCGGUUCCGCAUCCAAUCGCCCGAUUGGAUUCCCAUUCGCAAUCCUCUAGGUUUUCAUUUUCCACCCAUUUUCGAUAGAAAAUCAUAAAAUGUUUGCAGAAGAGCUGCCAGACUCGGAAAUUCUGUGCCGGAUCCAAAGGACGCACCCGCCAGUCCCGUGCACCGUCGAAAAAUGCGAGACUUCUCGAUUUCUGUCGGUGAUUCCCAGAAUUCCGCUGAGAGCCACCGCUCCAGGACAGGUGAUUUUCAAGAGGAGUAUGCGGAAAAUCAAGGAAACAUUCUUGCAGAUGUGCGUAUUCUACACGACGAAAAACGAGUGCUUGGGCGGCGGAGAAAUUGUGGAAAUUCAGGAUACUUUAGUUUGA